AGCCGGACGGCAUUCCCAGUGCACACAGCCCACCAGCGCGCACGCAUUACACUUGGCAUUGUGGAUUAUUUGCUCUGGGCCCAUUGUGUUAAGCCUUUGCAGAACACUACUGAAUGGAGCGGGACAAAACAAUACGGUGGGUCUAAUCACUCUGUCUCUCUAAAAACCACAGCAGCAGCCUUCUCUGCCCCAGCCGACGCUCUGCACCUCCACCUCCAGAGAGCCGGAUACAGAGAUACAGAGAGAAGCUUCACAAAGGACACGGCAGUGACCUGCUCCAGCAGUGAAGGGGGCACCUGAUCCCAGGGCCUUGGGAGGAAAAAAGGGAACCUGACUCUGAGCAGGAGGAAAAUCACAAACGCCGCUGCUGAAACACGACCCGCGGAUCCGCUAUCUGAGGCAAUAUGCUGGCCAAAAUCCUGGAGGACAUGUGGGUGGACCCGGAGGUGCUGGAGGCCCUGGGUGAGGAGCAGAAGAGGAUCCUGUUCCUGAAGAUGAGAGAGGAGCAGGUACGCCGCUGGAGAGAGCGGGAAGACAGGGAGGAGACGGAAGGGCAGAACAGGAAAACCAGAGCCAAGAAAGCCUCCAGUAAACAUGUGAGCUGGCUCCUUGGCCGUGAUGGGGACGUGAGCGUCAGCAUAAUCGGAGAGGUGGAUGAACUCAGGGCCUCCAAAGUGCUGCAGAGCCUCAUGAAUAACAGACUUCAUACUGGGACUAUGAAUGGCAUCCAGACGGUGGACCUGCUGCCAGGAAAAGAAACCCAGCCGCUCGGCUUCAAGGACGACAUCAAGCUGCCACUCACACAUGUUAACGAAGACUCGGCUUCGCCAGACGGCCGGCUGUCUGGGGAGGACUGGGACUCCAGCGGCGCAGACGACGACCUGAAGGACCCCGCCGAGGACAGCGGCAGUGAAUCAGGCGGCUCGGACAGCGUUAGCGACUGGGAUCCUCGGUACAGGCCUCGUCUCGGUAACCACGGCAACCGGUCGCUCAAAGCCCAGCUGUCAGACACAGAGAGAGUGAGCGCACAGGACAGGGAGGCACCGUGUUGCAGAGGACCCGUGGUGCAUCUUGGGAAGGCACUCACGGAUCAUCCACAGGGCAGGUCACCGGCCGUAAACAAGCCACCCAUACCUGUCAAACCUGCUCAUCUACAACGACAGAGCUCGCCCAUGAACCACUAGACCAGCUCCUGUGUCGUUCCUGCAGAGACACAACAUUUGACCCUUGAAGACUCCGAGGCGUCGCUCCUGAGAGUACUGAGCAGCGUGCAGAUGUUGCAGCCCGGUACCACGGCGACGGCCUAAGCUACAUUCAAACAACAGGAUCUUGGCUUCAACACUGGAAGUGAAUUUAAAAUGCAAUAUAUUAGACGUUAUUCCAAGGUCUCCUCUACAGAAACUGAGAGAGCGGCCAGCGAGCCUCUGAACCAAAGUCAGCCUGGAUGUGAUUGACAGGCGGACACACACACUGUUGACUAUGGUCAAAAAACACUGGUUUUAUUACUGAUGUGUCAUAAGCUAUUGGGAACUGGAAAGAACUGAUAAAUUGCAUGCAUUUUCCUUCGUAUUGACCCACAUCGUUAUAAAUGUGAUCCAUAUUUCUUGUCAUUGACUUUAUUAACACCAGUGACUGAAGUGUGACAGGACCUCCUUCUGGGAUCAAAUAAAACUACCAAUGUGGCAGUAAAUCAUAAACAGACUGUAGGCUAUACAUACACAGAUGUGCAGAUGUGCUGGUAUCCCGAUUCAACUGAAAAAAGCAUGGACAGAAAUGAUUGACAACCUCUGUAGCUCUCAGUGAGACUUCUGGAUCUGUCAGCAGGUAUUUCAUCCCUCAUUUCCUGAACAAGCUGCUCACGCUGUCUGAACGUUGAAGGGUGUCUUAUCCAGACGACUUGGUUUUUUAUUGUUGUUUUUUUUAGAUUUUUUCCACGGAGGUUCAACAGGAACAAGAUUAGAGCGUAUACAGGUUUAUAUAAGGACCAUUAUCAAGCAUUUGUGGGUGGUUUUGGCUGUGUGUUUUGGAUCAUUGUCCAGUGGGAGGACCGGUGACAGAGACGCUUUGCAGUAUGUUUCACUCUAUAGGGAGACAUCAUCGCAGUCUUGUUCAAGAUGCAACAAAGCACCCCCCCCAUAACAUGACUGAGAUCAACGUUUCAUAGUAGUGGGGUUUAGUUUUUCUGUGUGAAAAGUAUCCGUACAUGCUCGGCUCUCAUGUCGUUGGAUGUUAUGCUUGGCUCUUUGUCUCGCAUCCACACUCCCUGUCCGAUCAACCCGGGGUUAGGUUUCUUCUCGCAGCCACAUCCUGGGAGGCUGGCCACGGGCCCGCGGACCUUGAUCCAGCUGUAGUCACUGGAACAUGAAGCUGCUUGGAGAUUAUCUGCUAACUUUUACUUUCAAAGGCGUUUACUUAUAUUUCUUUUUCUGUCUCCUGUGCUUCCUCUGCUCUGGGUUCAGUGUGGUGAUGAUACCAGCCUGCAGCAGCAGGUUUUUAUUACUAAUGAGUGAUAAAAACAUUAAAGACACUUGUGAUACUGCUUGAAAUUAAACAAUUACUUUGAAAUAGUACUAUUAAUCUAUUGAGUUAUUAUUUUUACAGGGGGCCUACUACACCUUGGCUCUUUUAUAAUAUCCUUGUCAAAUAAUCAAUAGAUCAUUUUUAUGCAUCCAUACUAAAAGUAAACAGGAAUAUGUGGGAAUGAUCAUCUAAUAUAAUACCGUUUCAGGGGGAAUGAACCCUUGUUUCAAUAAGGAGGAAGGCUACGAACAAAUGUGGCCACAUUUAAAACAAUUACACAUUAACAACCCUUAUUCACAUUCACCUACUAGUGUCACGGUGUUGAUGAUCUUAUGGCUGAUAUCACGUAGCAACCCUGUGUGGCUUUUAGAAACCAUGACUGGUACGUGUUGUAUCCUCUAGCGCUCUAGAUUUAAAGAGAAACGAUAAGCACGUAGUUCAUCUUUAAAUUUCAGUAGCUUAGUUGUGAGUGAGGGCAUUUCAGGUCAGAGAACCUCAGAAUAAUCACGGCUUUAAAGGGCAUUCUGGCAGUUUAGGCUUUAGAUCAUUUGUAGCCUCCAGAUGUAAAAACCCAACAUCUACUGACUUUUCAUAUCUUCACAUUGUGAUAUUCCCGAUAGAAGGGUUUAUAAGUUUGGAGGCUCGAACGUUUCCUCCAGCAGCGCUCUCUGCUCUGGGUGACUGGAAAAGUGCUGCUUACAUGUCAGCAUGCUGGAGCGGAACGUGACUGCAGACUCUGCGGAGAGGCGCUCCACUCGACACCAGAACCACAUGACUUUCAGUCUACGGAGCACUUUCCCCUGAUACGCUGCCCUCGCCGCUCCAGAGUGGAGGUCACAUGGUUCCGGUCGGCGGUGCAGCCACUCUCUCCCCAGUCUGCAGCCAGGUCCUCUAGGCAUGGUGAGAUACUAAGAUGCAAGAGGGGCUGAUCUAAUAUCUAAACAUUAGCAUGGUCAUUGUAUGCAUCUCUUGCAUAUUAGGGAGAUCAUUUAACUGCAAGUAGUGCUGGCUGCAGCUGCACAGAAAUCCAGCUGGAACAGCUGAAAAUCACAAAGUUCCUUGAUUUUAUUGGACCAGACCUAAUUUUAGAGAUUGAAUCAAGAUUUGAAUACAUGGAUCUAUUUAAUUAGCCAGCUAAUUCUUUAUGUGGAUAUAAUACGUCCUGCCACACACCAAACUUAUUUUUCCAGAGCUUUUUGCCACGUGUCACAUCUGGACAUGGAGGUGGCGGAAAGGUGGAAUUGAAGUUAACGUGCUCUGUACGAUCCAGAAUCCUUUGUUUGGGUUUAAUCCUGAGGCCAGUUAUCAUCUUUGCUUUUUUUCUUUGUUUUUACUUUUUCAGCAGAAAGCAUUUGAGCAGUUGAACCAUCACUGAAAAGUUCAUGUGCUCUGGCUGUGUAGGAUCGCUGACCUGCACUGUCAUCCAAGCAUCAAGAUGUUGUAUAAAAAAGAAAUCAAGUUUCCAUGCAUGCUAAUUUGACUUUGCACACCUUCAAAUUGGCGUACAGCUGUGAGCUGGUAUUUUAACCUUGUGGUAGUUGUUUCAUUUCUGCUCUAGUGUCCUUGAGUGUGUAACAUAAUGAAGACUACGUCCCUGGGCACAUCCUUAUAGAGCCAAAGCAGCACAUCAGGUGCAACAGGCUGCAGGAAACACAGAAUCACACACACAUAUGUCUGAGGCAACAGUUUCAUCCUUAAGGUUUGGGGUGUUUGAGCUGCAGUUGUUAACUAUUUUGUCACAUGCUUACUUGACUUGGUCACAGAUUUAUUUCCACACAGUAUGUUAGUAUGUAUUUAUAUUGUUAAUUUACUAUUUAUUUUAUGUUGUUGCAUUUGAAAG